AUGGCGUCGUCGUUCUCGUCGUCGUCAUCAUGUGGGCUUUCUUGCGCGCAUAAUCUUCGAAACUCUUUGAAAGCUUCCGGGUCUUCCGUGCCCUCGAGUUCUUCUUCUUCUUCUUUGCAUGCCUUCAAGAUGAACACAAAAAGCAGCCGCUUUCUGCGUCAAAGGAUGACGACGACGACGACGACGGCGACGACGAAUACUCCUCGCGCGUUCAACGCCUCCUCUUUCAACGCCUCCUCCUCUCGAGACAGACAAAGACGAGAACGACAACGACGCGGUGAAACGACGAAAAGUCGCACAGUAAAAGCCGUACCGGCCUGGCAUCCAGAAAACAAGAACGACGUCCCGUUCGACGAACCCACACCUGGGUUCAGUUCUAUCCCGAGCGCUUUAGAGGAGAUUAAAAAAGGCAAGUUUGUCGUCGUCCUCGACGACGAAGAUCGAGAGAACGAGGGCGAUUUAAUCGGGGCGGCAGAUUUGAUGACGCAAGAAAGCAUGGCGUUUAUGAUUCGACACACGAGUGGGUUAGUGUGCGUUUCGAUGGAAGAUGAACGAGCGGACGCGUUGCACUUACCGCUUAUGGUGGACUCAAAGGCGAAUAAGGAUUACAUGAAGACGGCGUUUACGGUGAGUUGCGACAUGGCGACAAGCACGACGGGGAUUUCCGCGGGGGAAAGAGCGGAGACGAUUAACGCGUUGGCGAACGAUCUGACGAAACCGACGGAUCUUGUGAGGCCAGGGCACGUGUUUCCGUUGCGAUAUCGCGAGGGCGGGGUUUUGAAAAGAGCGGGACAUACGGAGGCGGCGGUGGAUUUGUCCAGGAUGGCUGGACGAGCGCCCGUCGGGGUUUUGUGCGAAAUUGUCAACGACGACGGAACUGGGAGCAUGAGCAGAUUACCAGAACUGCGAGAGUUUUCUAAGAAACACGACUUGAAAAUGGUGUUGAUUUCGGAUAUGAUUCGGUAUCGCCGAGCGACGGAGAAGAAUUCGUUGAUUGAACGCACGGCCAUCGCCAGGGUGCCCACCGAACACGGAUCGUUCACCGCGGUGUCGUACGUUUCGAAAGUCGAUGGGAUUGAGCACGUGGCGUUUGUGUACGGCGACCACGCCACGGAGGAAGAAAUUGCGGAUAGUUUAAAGGAAAACGCGUUGGUUCGCGUGCACUCGGAGUGCUUAACCGGGGAUAUCUUCAAGAGCGCUCGAUGCGACUGCGGUAACCAGUUGGAGAUGGCGAUGAAAAAAAUAGCAGACGAGGGAAGAGGGGCGAUUGUGUAUUUACGAGGCCAAGAAGGUCGAGGGAUUGGGUUAGGUCAUAAACUGAGAGCGUAUAAUUUACAGGAUAAAGGACGAGAUACGGUACAAGCGAACGAGGAUUUGGGUUUACCGGUGGAUAACAGAGAAUACGGCGUCGGCGCGCAAAUCUUGAACGAUUUAGGCGUGAGAAGCGUUCGGUUGAUGACGAACAACCCGGCCAAGUAUCACGGUUUGCGAGGGUACGGGAUUACCGUGACCGGGAGAAUGCCUCUGUUUGCGCCGAUUACGUUGGAGAACAAGACGUAUUUGGAAGCGAAGAGGAAAAAGAUGGGGCACUUGUUCGGAGAAAGCGGCGAUUUCGAAAACGUCGCCACCGCGGCGACCCCGAUGUCCUAA